AUGUAUUCCAAUGAACAGCUUUCUGAAAAGCGUGCGUCUGAAAAGUGGGGCGGCGAUGUGGAGCCCGGUCGCAGGCACAGGACCCGCACUCCGGAGACCGCGGCGCUGGGUCCGCAGCAGCUCUCAUUUGGCCGCACGGGGCCCUUCAGUCUUCCGGCGGCAUAUAGCAGUUUGAAUCGUCCUGACUCUGAAUCAGAUUCUGCACAGUUGCAAAAGGCUGGGUCUGCCAGGGCUCACGCCCUCGAGUCCCCGCGCGCCCGGGGCUGGCAGGGACGAGCGCACGGUUGGGAGGGGGAGAGGGGUAGGAAGCGCUCAAUGUAG